CUUCUUCCUUUAAAAUUUUCUGCAUUAUAUUUCUCCCAGUGUUUUUUGGUCCCAAGCUUUAGAUUGACCGAUCGGAGACGACGAUGGUGAAGGAGACGGAAUAUUACGACGUCCUAGGAGUAAAGCCCACCGCCACCGAAGCCGAGAUCAAGAAAGCUUAUUACAUUAAGGCAAGACAGGUUCAUCCAGAUAAAAACCCCAACGAUCCUCUCGCGGCGCAAAAUUUUCAGGUCUUGGGAGAAGCCUACCAAGUUUUAAGUGAUCCUGCUCAACGGCAAGCCUAUGAUGCUCAUGGAAAAUCAGGAAUCUCAACCGAUGGAAUUAUCGAUCCUGCAGCAAUCUUUGCUAUGCUAUUUGGUAGUGAGCUUUUUGAGGAAUAUAUUGGACAGUUAGCCAUGGCAUCAAUGGCUUCACUAGAUAUUUUCACGGAAGGUGAACAAUUUGACGCCAAAAAGUUGCAAGAGAAAAUGCGGGUUGUACAAAGAGAGAGAGAAGAAAAGCUUGUAGAACUACUUAAAGAUAGACUCAACCAAUAUGUGCAAGAAAACAAAGAUGAAUUUGUUCGUCAUGCUGAAGCUGAAGUUGCAAGACUUUCCAACGCAGCUUAUGGUGUUGAUAUGUUGAAUACCAUUGGCUACAUAUAUGCCAGACAGUCGGCAAAAGAGCUAGGAAAGAAAGCAAUAUAUCUGGGAGUGCCAUUUAUUGCUGAGUGGUUUAGGAAUAAAGGGCACUUCAUUAAAUCCCAAGUGACAGCAGCAACAGGUGCGAUUGCUUUGAUCCAACUGCAGGAGGACAUGAAAAAGCAACUGAAUGCAGAAGGAAAUUACACUGAGGAAGAGCUUGAAGAAUACAUGCAAGCUAACAAGAAGUUGAUGAUUGAUUCCUUGUGGAAGCUCAAUGUGGCUGAUAUUGAGGCCACACUCUCCCGUGUUUGUCAGAUGGUCCUUCAAGACAGCAGUGCCAAGAAAGAGGAACUCCGUGCACGAGCAAAGGGGUUGAAAACUCUUGGCAAAAUCUUCCAGAGAACCAAGUCAACCAACGGGGUUGAAGGUCAAAAUACAUCAAAUGGUCAAAUAGAAUCAAGCCGCGACGUUUCUCCUUCAACAACACCAAGGUCCCCAAUAAGCUCAUAUGCACCGCAGGUACCUCUGCUAUAACCUCAUAUCCUGUU